UCCCGGGUCUACCUCCGCCUCGAAUUUGCUCACCGUCGAAGGGGGUUGGAGGAAGGCUCCCCACCUGCCCCAUACCAUUCCUCCGCUGCAGGGACGCUGGUUGGAUAAGAUUCCGAAGGGGGCGGGGCUUGCAGGGCGGAAUAGAAUCGGCCAUUGUAGUGGCCGGAGCUGGCAUAGUAAGAAGGACGGGAAUAUGGCGUACAGCGGCCUCGCAGUGCCUAUCAUCGUCAUGACUGUUUUCUGGGGGGUGGUCGGUGGUGUCCUCCCGUGGUUCGUGCCCAAAGGGCCUAAUCGAGGUGUUAUCAACACAAUGCUGGUGACCUGUUCUGUUUGCUGCUACCUCUUUUGGCUGAUUGCAAUCCUGGCUCAGCUCAACCCUCUAUUUGGACCACAGCUAGACCAUAACGUGAUCUGGUAUCUUAACCUUCACUGGCAUUGACGAUAUCCACUUCUACAGUGGGCUAUGAGUUUGUAAUGCUCCAGUGAUCCAAUGGUGCCUUUAACGUACACAGAAUCAUCCAAGACGACUUUAAUGCCUUAUUCCUCGAUUUGUUACCAAAAAAAGAAAUGCUUAAAACAUUUCAUGUUUUUUACAGUACUGAAAGUGCCUGUCAAAUACCAUGUACCUCUUCAGUAUACUUUUGUACAUCGUUAUGAAAUGCCCCAGCUCUUUCCCUGCCUGCACGAGGGCAGCUGGAAUGGAGCACUGUCUCACUCCAGAUGUUGUUUGCCUUCCAAUCU